UUUUGACAUUCGUGUUGCUUUCCACUGUCACUUAGAAGAUUACCAUGGCCACGGGUCAUAUCUUACCAGGGUAUAAAGACCCUGUGAGUCGAUUUCGUUCUAAAUCCGCAGAUCCAACAAUGACGGGUUACCGAUACCGUAAUGUGUUUCACAGUGGUAUAGCCAGGAAUUUAGAUCCUCAUAUUUUAGAAGAAAUAAAAGACGAUGCUUAUAGGACUUGGAAUGAAGAAUUGAAAGACUGGUCGAGAAAGCCAAGUAUACGACCAACAACGUACUCACACACGUUUUAUAAAAAGACCUUGGAUGAACCAACACAGUCUCGACCCACAGAAGUUACCAGACGUAAUAAACCCCAUCCACCACUUGUAUUUCUUUCAUGUCGACUCAAGACAGUUCCGGGCUUCCAUGAUCCAGAUGCAGUUACUGGUAAAGAAGUUUACCGAAGUAAGUAA